UUUUACGGAAAGGUGUACUAGAGACGAAAGAUUGCCAUUUUUUUUAUAUAUGGACCCCCCCCCCAUAUAUAAAAAAACCCCACUUAUUUCAAUGUAUCCGGUACUUCCGGAAGUACACCGGUACUUAUACCGUAACAUCGCCCCGCACUUCUUCAAUCAUUAUAUUGUAUUAUCUAUCUAUCUGUAUGUAUGUAUGUAUAUAUAAAUUACUGGAGCAUGCUUACCAACCAUCGGAUAAAUGAAAAUAUGUUUUUCUUUUUUAUAUAUACCAAGCUAUUUUUGGACUAGUGUCUUCGUAUUCAUUGAAAUUGUAACAAAAAGAUUAAGAUAAUCUAAUAAUAAUAAUAAUAAACAUGUUGCGAAAGAUAAUUUGCAUUAUAAAGAGACUUAAAUUAUUUCUAUUAGUUACUUUAUUUUUCUUGAUCGCAUUUAAGUUUACUAUAGUUAAUCAUCAACUGACAGACGUUGAGUUGUGUCCUGUUUGCUACGGUGAAGACUUCUGUCGUCCGCUAUUGAAUGGUUCUGUCGUGCUCAACACAUUAUCAUCAUUGAUGAUUUUCCAGUUUGCCAAUGUGAAAAACGUCUACUUUGCUCAUUAUAACAAUAAAAGUAUUGUACUUAAGAAACUUGGACAUGAUUUUGAAAUUUAUCAAGCUAGAAAAGAAAUAUGUCGAAUUAUAUCGAAUUCCACAAGUGACAAUUGUAACGUGAAGAAGUCCUUCAAAAAACUGCUUGCUAGCCAUGAGUUUGAUGUGCUGGAAGCUAUUCGACCGUUGCUUAUGCUGUCUUCUGAUUUAUUUCGCUGCCCAUCACAGAGACUGUACAAAAGCAUUUUAAAGCAUUAUGUUGAUAAAUUGACUCUUCCAGACGAUAAAUCUGUUAACAAUCUUCUUCAUUUGAUAACUACAAACAUUGUUAAUCCCGAACCACUCAUAAUGCAGAUGUUCCCAUCUUCCAAUGGCUGGGCUUUCCCAAAAUAUUAUGGAUCAUGUGGUUGGUUGGCUGCUAUGAGUGAUGAAGGAAUGCCAUUGUUGCAUUUCGUUAAUAUGCCAUGGUAUCAUAGAGCUAACCUAACAUUACAAAUUUUAAUGAUGGCAGUGAAACUAUCCAACAGCUCUGAUGGUUGGUCUCUUUAUUGGACUGAUAUAAAAAUGGACAACUUAGCUGUAAACUCAAAAGGUCAGGUGAAAAUUGUGGAUGUUGAGAAUAUCAUUGUGGUUGACAGACUAGAGCUAGCAAAAUUGAAACCCCCUGGAUGGAACCAACCAGCAGAGAGUGUCUAUGAUGAAUGUGAUUCAGAUUGCAUUAGUUUCUCUGACAAACAGUUAUGUUUGCAUUUAGAUGCAGACCACAAUUAUUAUGGUGUUUGUCGCAGCCUGCUAUCUAAGUAUGCAUACUCUGGUGCUACUACAUAUGGUCUCUUACAUCACAUACCUUGGAACAUUGAGCAAAAGUGGUUUUUAGGUGAUCUUAUCAAAGAAUGUAUGCAACCAUCAAUCAAAGGUCAACGGCAGAUAGUAACAGACAAACUUAUCAGGUCUCUUCAAAAAAUUAUUUCUAGAGCAUGAUUUACUAGUGAAAAGAAAAUAAUAAAAUAUUUUUGCAGCUUUA